AUCCGAAAUAAUGAAACAAUGUAAGUAAAUGAUGUUAUUAUAUGUAUAUAUGUAUGUACAUAUGUAUGUAUAUAUGUAUAUAUGUAUCUAUAUAUAUAUAUAUAUAUGUGUGUGUGUAUAUAACUGAUAAUUUGUUUAGGUACAAAGCAGGCCAAAAAGAAUUAACUUUCCUCAGGAGACUAAUGGAAGCAGAUCCUGAUAAUAAGAAACAUGUUAUCCGUUUACAAAGACACUUUGAACAUCGUUCACAUUUGUGUUUGGUAUUUGAAACAUUAAGUAUGAAUUUACGUGAUGUACUGAAAAAGUAUGGUAAAGAUGUAGGUAUCAGUAUCAAAGCAGUUCGCGUAUAUGCACAGCAACUUUUUUUGAGUCUUUCAUUAUUAAAGAAAUGUAAUAUCUUACAUGCUGAUAUUAAACCUGAUAAUAUCCUUGUCUCUGAAUCAAGAAAUACUCUUAAACUUUGUGAUUUGGGCUCUGCUUCAGAUGCUAGUGAUAAUACCAUUACACCCUAUCUUGUUUCACGUUUUUAUCGUGCUCCUGAAAUUAUGCUUGGGCUCCAUUAUGACUAUGCUAUUGAUGUUUGGUCAUCUGCUUGUACCCUAUAUGAACUCUUUACUGGUAAAAUCUUGUUCCCCGGAAGAAAUAAUAAUCAAAUGUUGAAGCAUAUUAUGGAAGUUAAAGGCCGAUUUCCAAAUAAAUUACUUCGUAAAGCACAAUUUACGGUAGAUCAUUUUGAUGAAGAUUUUAACUUCUUGUCGAGAGAAUUGGAUCGAGUGAAUAAAAAAGAGGUUGUCAAAAAGAUGACCAUCAUAAAACCUACACGAGAUAUAAAGACACGUAUUUUGGCCGCGACAACACCCAACAUGCCUGAUGAAGAGAAUCGACUAGUAUUAGCUUUCAUUGAUUUUCUUGAUAAGUGUUUGUCACUUAGUCCUGAUAAACGAAUGACACCUCAUGAAGCAUUAUAUCAUCCUUUUAUUACUGGUAAAGUGUAAUUUCCUUUACCCACCCCCAUUAUUUUGUAAGAAAAAAAAACAUAAUAAUAAA